UGUCAAUUACCGAGGACGAUAACACAUGCUGGAUUCUUUACAUGUAUUUUGUUUAUAAAGCAAAGAAACUGUGUCAUUUAAAGCAGCACUUUGUUAAACAUUGUUAAUUAUUUUAAAAUUUGGAGUACAUAUUACGGAGUUUUAUUAUUAUAUUGACGUGUCCGUUUGGAACGUAUGUUUUUUUGGAAUUGACCCAAAAAAUCGGAAAGUGCCAUAUAUGUAACAAGGAGUGGAAUAAAGGCUUAAUGUUUCCAAGGCAAGAAUAAGAGAAGAUACUGAAAAAAGAAUACAUACACAUUUGUUUAAGUGCGAGUUUGAAAGAAAAGUGAUUACAUUGAAACGAUAUUAUAUUUCCUACUUCAUUAAAGUCAGGGUAGAUGAUUUGCUACUCUUUGUAAAUAAGUGAUAUUUACAGGUAAUUUGGUCUUAUUCGGUGUCAAAUUAAACAAAGCACCAUAUAUGGUAAUGGUGAAAAUAUAAAAACUUUUAAUGGUUCUAAAUUUGUCUUGCUAUUAGCAAUAGAAGAUCACGAUUUAAAAGAAAUAGUAGGCAGUUGGAAUCAGAUGAAUUUUGUAUCAAAUAGAUUCCGGGGAGUUUGAGAUACAUUUUUACCAUAUUUAUAUAUGAAAUCCGACACGCUUCAAAGAUGCCAGGUGGACUAAAUUAUAAACGGAGAAAAAUCUAAGGAAAAAAAACAACAUGAACUAAAAAUCGAGGGCGUAUUGACAACUGUAUUGGUCGAUUUUUAAUAUUGCAAGUUGAAAUUUAUCACAAUAAAAUAUGAUAUGACAUUGGCAAUCACUAUUUUAAGAAGUUGGAUAUUGAAUUCAUUUCAAAAUUGUGCGUAUUUAAGGAUGUGAGCUUUUGUCUAUUGUAAAUGUAGAUGUGUACUUUAAGUUGGCCAGACUGAAUGUAUUUUAUGGGAAGUGAUGUAAUUAUGGCACAUCGGGUUAUGCUCUUCCUAUUGUUCAUGAACUGGUGCGGAUACGGUUUAGCUGCGAUUCACCAAGCAAGACGAUGGCGCCUCUCAGAGAUGCCGUGCAAAGUAAGCUCUCCAUUUAACCCUGAUCUGGCCUCUGCCUUUCUGGAGGCGGAGAUUCUCCCUACCUCGGGAUGCAUGACCAACGCAACAUCUAGAAAAUCAGGCGCUGAAAUUCAUGUAAUAAAUUACCAAGGAAGCAAAGAACAGAAUGUUGAACUGCUAUUGAAUGACUUUGAGAAAAAAGGUUUUGAUGAACCGUUUGUGAUCAUUCUCUCUUCCAAUGUUACUGUAUACUGGCAAAUACGUCUACGGCAAAAUCCGAAAAAUCUUGGAAAACACACCUUUGUGGUAAGUACAGAUAAGUGGCAUAGGCCUGAUGUAAUUUAUGGUUGGUUUCAUGCGUAUGUGGCAUGUAUCAAUAAAUAUUUUGCAAACUACUACAAAUAGUGGAUAGA